AUGCUUUUAUUCGGUUCGGUCUGUUGGGGGAACUGCAGCUGCCAACUGUCAUCAGCAUCAAGUUACCGCACAAAGCCGAGGCAAGGCAGGCGAUGGGGAGCGGGCGGGGGGACGACGCCAUCACACGGCACCGCACGGCAUCACACGGCAUCACACGGCAUCUCACGGCAUCACACAGCAUCACACGGCACCGCACGGCAUCAUACAGCACCGCACAGCAUUGCACGGCAUCACACGGCAUCAUACAGCACCGCACGGCCCCGCACGACUCGACUCGUUGCCCACCCGCACGGCCCCGCAGCAGACAAAGCGCCCGGCCGCCAUUGGGCCGUUCAGCCCACGCUCCGGCGCUGCCCGCACCGCGCGGCCAAUGGGCGGACGGCGAUGCAAAGCGGCCGCUAUAAGACGGGGCGGUGCGGGGCGGGGAGCGGCGCGGGGCCGCGGAGCAGCGCGGCGGGGAUGGCGCCGUCCUGCCGGCACGGGAAGGGCCGAGCGCCGCGGGGCGGAGCGGACGGGAGGGGGAGCGGAGCAGAGCGGGGCGGACGGGGAGCGAGCGCUGACGGCGCCGUGUGCCCGCGGGCGAGGAAACCGCUGGUGGAGAAGAAGCGGAGGGCGCGGAUCAACGAGAGCCUGCGGGAGCUGCGGCAGCUGCUGGCAGGAGGGGAGGCGAAGCUGGAGAACGCGGAGGUGCUGGAGCUGACGGUGCGGCGGGUGCAGGCCGUGCUGGAGCGCCGAGCGCUCGAGGGCGGGCGGCUGCACCGCGAGGCGAGCGAGCGCUUCGCCGCCGGCUACAUCCAGUGCAUGCACGAGGUGCACACCUUCGUCUCCGGCUGCCCCGGCAUCGACGGCACCACGGCGGCCGAGCUGCUCAACCACCUGCUGGAGUCCAUGCCGCUCAACGAGGGCGGCCUGCGGGACUUGAUGGCGGACGUUCUGGCCGAGUCCUGGCCGGGCGGGGAGGCCGCGCUGCCGCCGGCUGAAGCUGCCCUGGGCCCGGUGCUGCCCGCGCCGUCGGCCGGUGACGAGACGUGCUCCGACUCGGACGAGGCGGAGGCCGAGCCGGGCCGGACCCCCGCACACGGACUGGAGGCGGCACAGACGCGCGGCGUGUCCCCGGCCGGCUCGAACAAGUCCAUGUGGAGGCCGUGGUAACGCUGCGAGCGAAGGGGAGCAACGAGGGAUGGGGACACGGCCCUGAUGUCACAGCCCCGACGGGCUCGUGGCUGAACGAGAUACAGCUCAGCGGACGGUGUGUGGGUGGCGUUUUGUAGCUGGGGGUUGUUUGUAUGAGAGUGGGGGGACGGGAUGGGGAGGAGGGAGGUUUUUUAGUAGCAGAGCUCUUUGGAUGCACAGCCGUGGUCUCUUAACCCUGCCCCAUCCUCUUGGCCCCUCUAAGUGGCCCAGAUAACACUCACUGCCUUGUUCUCUUCAAAAGCCCUCGUGUGGUUUAGAUCCUGAUGGGUAACUGAGCAGCUCAGCCUGCACACAGUGUCUGUGUGCUGCUGACAGCACGGAGCCCUAAAGGGGCUCACGGAGCAGCUCAGCUCUUACCUUCAGGGAAGGAGAAGCAGCAGGGGCUGCUGGAGCUCUGCAGACACGGGGUGCCUUUAGGAGCGAGCAUCUUGAUUCACGUUUUGCUUUGAGCACAUUUUGAGUUCAUGGUGACUUUCUGUAUAUUAGGGUAUCAAAAUCAAGUGGUUUUUUUUUUUAUUAUUAUUAUUUUUAAUCUUGAAUAAAAAACUGAAUUCACAGCGAUUUCAUGGAUUUUUGCAUCGUGCUGCCUCUUAACCAGGAACCCCCCCCCCCCCCCACAUUCAUGCACUGAUAGCACACAGUGAUCUGUGCCACAGCCUCCCCAGCUGCCCCUUACCUGUGGUGUUGAUGCAUUGCACACAUCUUCUGCACCCAUCUUUUGGUUUCACUUUCAAAUGCAAAGUUGGUUGGAGCUGCAGAGGAUGGGGAAAGUAUUUCUGAAGGGGGGGAGGGGAAAUAAAAUAGCUGUCCAUAAAGUCUGAUCCCUCUCGUGUCCCUGCUGAGAGCUGCCAGGUUAUUUGUACUGCAGUGCCACCUUCCAGAGAGCUGGCAAUCUAAGGAGAGAAACAAAACCAAUUGUUAAGUUUCUUAAUACAUGGAAGUUCCCAAACAUAGAACAGGCAAGAAAGGAAGCAACAUAACCACCAGGGGAUGAGACCUGUAACUUUCCUUUGUUAACAACCCUAUGGAACAAUAAAAAUGGAAAACAAGUA